AUUUUGGAUUGUGAAGUCCAUACAUGUUUCAAAAAAAAAACUUUAUUAGAAAAAAACUCGAUGUUUUGAUUUUUAUAUUGGCAAACUAAUCCCCUGUUUCGGAUUCAUUUGCAUUUAUGGCAUAAACCCAGAUUUCUGCUCUGUAUAAUGCAUAAUUAGAUGCCAGCUUAUGCAGCUUUCCCAAUUUCCAGGAACAAAAUAAACGCAGUUAAUUAUUGUUUGCUACCAGGCCAAAAGUGAAUAACAGUAUUUCGCACUUUAAGCUCGCUUUGAGCGAAUUUCAUUGAUAUAGCUCAUUUGCAACCUAAUUACCUGCUUUCAUGACUUCCCAACUGUUUGCUAGUGUAUGGUUUUUGUUUUAUUUGAUAAUUAUCAUGACGUCACAUCUUACAUCGAAGCGAAGCGAGAACAAUGAGCGAGAAUAUUUUAAAUUCAUAUUUCGCAAUUAUAUGGCGAUGCGCUGACCAGCUCUGAUUUUUCAGUUAGUUUCGCUUUUAGCUGAUCAGCGUUCGGUUGAGCCAUGGAUUUAUUUAGCUGCUUGCUGCUGUGCCUGGGAAUUAUUUCACUACCCAAUGUUGUGUUUACGAUAUGCAUUCCACCCGAUCACUGCAUUGAAGAUAUGGAGGAAAGCGAUGCGAAAGAGCGAUUCGACUAUGUACUUGGCAAAUAUGAGGAGGUGGAAAUGAAAAUUCCCGGAAAACCCGUUGGUUUGCAUGGGAAAGUGGUUACGCAUGGCGAGGCGGAGGAGCAGCACUUGGUGUUCCAGUACAUGGACAAUACGCUCCAUGACAUCAUCCAGACGUGUGCGUUUGUGGUCAAGCGGAAUCCCGGUGAGUGCGAGAACAUCCGCACCUACUGCUCGGCCUUUCUGAGCCGCCUGCCACGCCCCCUGCUGGAGCGCCAGCCCAUCAACGUGUGCGACGACGGUACGCGGGUGGCGGAGGAGGAACCGGAAACGGAAGCGGAAGACAACCCGGAUGCAGAUGCUCAGGGGGAGGCUGAUCCGCAGCAGGAGCAGGGAGUUGGUCAAGUGGAGACCACAACAGCGGAGCCGGCCAGCUCCAAAUUAAGUGAAUUUUACUGAGUAUAUGCACUUUCAGUCAGCGGGUUUUUCACCCACCCCGACUUGACAUUUCACAGACAAUUCUACGAAUAAUUCUAAAAUAGGUGCAAAAGCAAGUGCAAUUGAGAUUAAUUUUCUUUUAAAUUAUACGUUUUUAAUUCUCCCGUUACGAAAAAUUACACUUUUUUGAUGA